AUGGUUUUCAUAUUCAUUGAUAUUAAUUUAGUUACAUUCGAAAUUAAAGCACGACUGAUAACAAUCACAGGUCCUCGGGGUAGUCUCACAAGAAGUUUCCGCCAUGCUUCAAUAACCAUUAUAAAAAUGGGGAAACAACGUAUUAUGCUAGAAAAAGUCAAUUCUACAACUCGUGAUGUCGCUCUUCUGAACACAAUUUCCUCCCACAUCACCAAUAUGAUCAAAGGAGUGACAAAAAUCGAGAAAUUAUUUGGAGGACUUGAAAAACGAAAUUAUUCUUUUCCGCAGGGUGUGACGAUUAGACCUUCAGGGUUAUUGAAGGAUGAGUACUACGUCGAGGGGAAUGAUAUUGAAUUGGUGUCUCGUUCUGGUAUCCGUUCUUUAGUGACUGUUAGCCUCUUCUUUGCACGAGAUGUGUAA